AUGACGCGACACUGCUCUGCGUUCAUCCGAGAUGUGAGGCCAUUGCGUUGCUCUCGCCGUGAGUGGCAUGGCUCUUCUGGGCAGGUAAAUCAGCAAACGCUGCUGCCUUCUGUUAUCAGCAAACCACAGGCGCUGGUUCGCCACGCACUUGUUGUGGCAACAGUGUCUGCAAAUUCUGGUUAUCAACGUUAUUCAACUGCAGCUGUGCCUCCAACGACACCGUAUAGUCAGCUUACUGUCGGCGUUCCUCGGGAGACGUUCCCUUUCGAACAUCGUGUUGCCCUAACACCAACCAAUGUCACGCUCCUUCUCAAAAAAGGCUUUGCGAAAGUUCUCGUCGAGAGAGGAGCUGGUUCUCAUGCCGAAUUCCUCGACGAAGCUUACGAGCAGGCCGGAGCGUCACUCGUGGACGGGCCCCAGGCUGUCUGGAGCCGGGCCGAUAUUGUUCUCAAAGUACGGGGACCGUCUGUGGAGGAGAUUGAGUCUGUCCAAGAAAAUCAGACUGUCAUCUCUCUCCUACAGCCGGCUCAAAAUAAGGAACUUGUUCAGAAAAUCGCCGAAAAAAAGGCCACGUGCUUCGCAAUGGACAUGAUUCCCCGUAUCUCUCGCGCACAAGUUUUCGACGCCCUCAGCAGUAUGGCAAACAUUGCUGGUUACAAAGCUGUUUUGGAGGCUUCAAACGUUUUUGGCAGAUUUUUGACCGGACAAGUCACGGCGGCUGGCAAGAUCCCCCCGUGCAAAGUCCUUGUUAUCGGAGCGGGAGUCGCUGGCCUGAGUGCUAUUGCAACCGCUCGCCGGAUGGGGGCCAUUGUUCGUGGAUUUGAUACUAGAUCAGCUGCCCGAGAGCAGGUCCAAUCGCUAGGCGCCGAGUUCGUUGAAGUCGAUGUUCAGGAAGACGGUUCUGGUGCCGGCGGCUAUGCCAAGGAAAUGAGCAAAGAGUUUAUUGAGGCCGAAAUGAGACUCUUUAAAGAACAGGCCAAAGAAGUUGACAUCAUCAUUACCACUGCCCUGAUCCCCGGAAAACCUGCGCCCAAGCUCAUUAGAACUGAGGCAUUGGACGUCAUGAAGCCUGGCAGUGUCGUUGUCGAUCUUGCAGCAGAAGCCGGCGGCAAUUGCGAAGCUACUCAACCUGGCAAACUGGCAAUGUACAAGGAUGUCAAGAUAAUCGGUUACACUGAUCUCCCAUCCCGCCUCCCAACCCAAUCGUCCACCCUGUAUUCAAACAACAUCACAAAAUUCCUCCUUUCAUUGUCUCCAAAGGACAAGGAAUUUGGCAUCGAUCUUUCCGACGAAGUUGUUCGCGGCUCAAUUGUCACCCAAAACGGGAAAAUAUUGCCACCAGCUCCCAGACCAGCACCACCUCCUUCACCGACUAAGCCUGCUGCUGCACCAGUCGUCAAGGCUGCGGAGCUCACUCCAUGGCAAAAAAAGACACGAGAGGUGGCAACGGUUACUGCGGGAAUGGGUAGUGUUUUAGCUCUCGGCAAGUUUACUGGCCCGCUCUUCAUGGCCAAUGCGUUCACCUUCGGUCUGGCUAGUUUGAUCGGUUAUCGCGUCGUCUGGGGUGUCGCUCCUGCACUUCAUUCUCCUCUCAUGAGCGUCACAAAUGCUAUUUCAGGCAUGGUGGGAGUUGGUGGUCUGUUCAUUCUGGGCGGCGGUUAUUUCCCAGAGACGAUCCCUCAAGUUUUCGGCGCUUUGAGUGUGUUGCUUGCCUUUGUCAAUGUCGGUGGUGGCUUUGUCAUUACCAAACGAAUGCUGGACAUGUUCAAGCGACCGACUGAUCCUCCAGAGUAUCCCUGGCUUUAUGCCAUUCCCGCUGCAUUGUUUGGCGGCGGCUUCGUUGCAGCAGCUUCAACUGGAGCUGCUGGACUUGUGCAGGCCGGAUAUCUCAUUAGCUCGAUUCUUUGUAUUGGCUCCAUUUCUGGUCUUGCUUCUCAGGCUACGGCUCGUAUGGGUAACAUGCUUGGAAUACUGGGCGUUGGUUCAGGUGUUUUGGCAAGCUUACUUGCCGUUGGCUUUUCACCGGAGGUUCUCACACAAUUCGGGGGACUUGCUGUGAUGGGUGCUUUGGCAGGAAUGUUGAUCGGCAGGCGGAUCACUCCCACUGACCUCCCACAAACCGUUGCUGCACUUCACUCCGUCGUCGGUCUUGCCGCUGUCUUGACCAGCAUUGGAAGCGUAAUGGCGGAUGUCACAGAGAUUUCAACCCUGCACUUGGUAACUGCAUAUCUAGGCGUUUUAAUUGGUGGUAUCACUUUUACCGGCUCGUUGGUCGCAUUUCUGAAGUUGGCGGGUAGAAUGUCAUCUCGACCGACCUUCUUGCCAGGCCGGCACGUCAUCAACGGAGGCUUACUAGCCACUAACAUGGCGACUAUGGGCGCAUUCAUAGCCAUGGCACCGGGAAGUCCAAUGAUUGCCGCUGGCGCGCUUGCCGCGAAUACAGUUCUAAGUUUCGUCAAGGGUUACACUACCACGGCGGCCAUUGGCGGCGCGGAUAUGCCUGUUGUUAUUACGGUUCUUAACGCCUACAGUGGUUUUGCACUGGUAGCGGAGGGAUUUAUGCUCGACAACCCGCUGCUCACUAGCGUGGGAGCGCUUAUCGGGGUUUCCGGUUCUAUCCUGUCCUACAUUAUGUGUGUGGCAAUGAACCGGUCGCUCACAAAUGUCUUGUUUGGUGGUAUAUCCACUCCAGCACAGACGAAAGAGUACAAACCUCAGGGCGUCGUCACCCAAACAAACGUCGAGGAUUUGGUAGAUGCGCUGUUGAAUUCAGAAUCAGUCAUUUUGGUAGUUGGGUACGGUAUGGCCGUAGCCAAAGCCCAAUACGCAAUUUCCUCCAUUGUCUCGCAGUUGCGAUCAAAGGGUAUCACUGUUCGGUUCGCUAUCCAUCCCGUGGCUGGUCGAAUGCCUGGUCAAUGCAACGUCUUACUAGCCGAAGCCAGCGUCCCAUACGAUAUUGUCCUGGAAAUGGAUGAGAUAAAUGAUGACUUCCGGGACACUGAUCUGACAGUUGUUAUCGGUGCUAACGACACCGUUAACCCGAUCGCCAUGGAGAAGGGAAGUGCAAUUGAGGGCAUGCCAGUUCUACAUGCCUGGAAGAGCAAGCAGGUGGUGGUUAUGAAGAGAGGCAUGGCGAGUGGAUAUGCUGAUGUCCCUAACCCCAUGUUUUACAUGCCAAACACGAAGAUGUUGUUCGGCGAUGCGAAGAAUACGUGCGAAGCAAUCAAGGCGGCUAUAGAGGUCAAGUUGUAG